UCGAUGCACACAAUCGAUACAAAAGACAAGCCGAAGAGCCGGCGAAGAAGGAAGAGAGCUUUGAAGCAGAAUUAUGCAAAGACAAAGACGCAGGAGAAUGGUUUAGGCUGGUAGCCGGAGAAGGUGAUAAUUGCCGUGACGUUAUCCAGUGUACAUCAUCGGGUUUGCAAGCUAUCCGUUGUCCUGCCGGUUUGUAUUUCGACAUUGAAAAGCAGACUUGUGACUGGAAGGAUUCCGUGAAAAAUUGCAAGCUCAAGAACAAGGAACGCAAGGCCAAGCCACUCCUUUUCACCGACGAACCUCUAUGUCCAGAUGGCUCUUUGGCCUGUGGUGACGGGAAUUGUAUAGAGAGAGGUCUCUUCUGUAACGGCGAGAAGGACUGCGCCGACGGAUCUGAUGAAAACACUUGCGAUAUUGACAAUGAUCCCAAUCGUGCUCCACCAUGCGAUCCGGUUGUUUGUGUACUUCCUGACUGUUUCUGUUCGGAAGACGGAACCACAAUACCCGGAAGUCUUCCUGCUAAGGACGUACCCCAAAUGAUAACCGUUACUUUCGAUGACGCCAUCAAUAAUAACAAUAUCGAAUUGUACAAAGAAAUAUUCACUGGAAACAGAAAGAAUCCAAAUGGGUGUGAUAUCAAAUCAACUUUCUUCGUUUCCCAUAAAUAUACCAACUAUUCAGCUGUCCAAGAAAUGCACAGGAAAGGCCACGAAAUCGCCGUACAUUCCAUCACUCAUAAUGACGACGAACGCUUUUGGAGCAAUGCAACGUUGGACGACUGGGCCAAAGAAAUGGCAGGAAUGAGGAUUAUCAUCGAGAAAUUCGCCAACAUAACCGAUAACAGUGUUGUCGGCGUCCGUGCACCAUAUUUGAGAGUAGGUGGCAACAACCAGUUCACCAUGAUGGAAGAACAGGCGUUCCUUUACGAUUCAACAAUCACAGCUCCGUUGAACAACCCACCUCUAUGGCCUUACACCAUGUACUUCCGCAUGCCCCAUCGCUGCCACGGAAACUUGCAAAGUUGUCCAACAAGAAGUCAUGCCGUAUGGGAAAUGGUACUCAACGAACUGGACCGUAGAGAAGAUCCCAACAACGACGAAUACCUCCCUGGUUGUGCCAUGGUGGACUCUUGCUCUAACAUUAUCACCGGAGAUCAGUUCUACAACUUCUUGAACCACAAUUUCGACAGACAUUACGAAGAAAACAGGGCUCCUUUGGGACUCUAUUUCCAUGCCGCUUGGUUGAGAAACAAUCCCGAAUUUCUCGACGCUUUCUUGUACUGGAUUGACGAAGUAUUAGCCAAUCACAACGACGUCUAUUUCGUUACCAUGACACAGGUUAUUCAAUGGAUACAAAACCCACGAACAAUAGCAGAAUCGAAAACAUUCGAACCAUGGAGGGAAAAGUGCGUCGUCGAUGGACCACCAGCUUGUUGGUUACCACAUUCCUGCAAACUUACAUCUAAGGAAGUUCCUGGUGAAACUCUCAAUUUACAAACGUGCGUACGUUGUCCAAACAAUUACCCAUGGGUUAACGACCCCACUGGGGAUGGUUUCUUCUAAGUCAGCACCCGAACUUUAAAUUAAUAUUUCAAUGUCGCCCUUGGCCCUUGCCAUCUCGCACGGCGUCCCGCGGAAGCUUAGCGGGUUUAGUGAUCAUCUCUAUCUCGUAAUUUAUUGUUUAACAUGACUGCGACCUAAUUGUUAUUGUUUUUUUAAUGUUUGGUACUCAAUUGACCGUAAUUUUGAAAUUUCCCCGCCGUAUGGGGUAGAUAUAUGGUCCCACAAUUUUCAGGGUAUCUCCCGUUUAGAUAUGACUUUUGUAUUAUAUGUAAUGAUAAUAUGUGUAAAGAAAAUACAAUUAAAUAAUUAGUAAUAAUUAA